AUGCCUGCAACUCUUCAUCAAUUUUUAUAUCAGCCUUUGACAGCUGACUCACAAUACCUUGGAACAGGUGCAGGAUUCAUAGUUCUAAUUGUGGGAAUUUCCACGCUGUACUUAAUAUACGAGAAAAGGAAACUCAUCAAACUGAAGGAGAAGUUCUUUAAGCAAAAUGGCGGUAUCAUUUUGCAACAGCGACUCUCUGCAGGAGAAAACACUUCCCAAAGUGCUCAAAUUUUCACAGCAGAUCAACUAAAGAAGGCCACCAACAACUAUGACGAGAGCUUAAUCAUUGGCAGAGGAGGUUAUGGUACAGUUUUCAAAGGAUUUCUAGCAGAUAACAGAACUGUUGCUGUCAAGAAGUCCAAAAUAGUCGGUGAGAGCCAAAUAGAACAAUUCAUUAACGAGGUGGUUAUUCUAUCACAAAUCAUUCAUAGGAAUGUGGUUAAACUCUUGGGUUGUUGUUUGGAGAUAGAAGUUCCUUUACUUGUUUAUGAAUUUGUUACCAAUGGUACCCUUUUUGAUUUUAUACGCACUGAAAGAAAGGUCAAUAACGCAACAUGGAAAACAAGGCUAAGGAUAGCAGCAGAGGCUGCAGGGGCUCUAUCAUAUCUGCAUUCAGCUGCUUAUAUACCCAUUAUCCACAGAGAUGUGAAGAUUGCUAACAUUCUCUUGGAUGACACUUAUACUGCCAAAGUGUCUGAUUUUGGAGCUUCAAGAUUGGUUCCUCUUGAUCAAACUGAAUUGGCCACAAUGAUGCAAGGAACUUUUGGUUAUUUGGACCCUGAGUACAUGCAAACAAGCCAACUUACUGAGAAAAGUGAUGUGUAUAGCUUUGGAGUAGUGCUUGUAGAGCUGCUUACAGGGGAGAAACCUCUUUGUUUUAAGAGGCCAGAAGAGGAAAGAAGUCUCGCUAUGCACUUUCUGUCUUGCUUGAAAGAGGAUCGCAUGUUUAAAGUCUUUCAAGUUGGAAUUUUGAAUGAAGAAAAUAAGGAGGAGAUCAAGGAGGUUGCUAUUCUUGCAACAAAAUGCUUGAGACUUAUAGGGGAGGAGAGGCCUAGCAUGAAAGAAGUGGCUAUGGAAUUGGAGGGAAUAAGGCUAAUGGAGAAGCACUCAUGGACCAAUGCAGAGGUAAAUCUAGAGGAGACUCAUUACCUGCUUCAUGAGGCAUGA